UCAUACAUUCAUUCAUGUCAAUCGUCUACGAGUGCGAGUUGUUAAUUCUUAGUUUUGUGGAAUUUGUGGUUCAUUAUUUUGUCUCAAUGCAAAUUAAAGCCACUGUUUAAAAUAAGAGAAGAGUUUAUGUUGUUCCACUUCCAAACUUAGCAAUGGAGCCACCUACUACGGGGACAAGUUCUCCGGGGCUCCUCACGACGGGGCCACUGUUGCCGCCACCAAUGCUCGGUGGACUGGCGCCGCCCAUUCCUACACCUGCAGUUGCCAUGCCGCCUGUUCCUGGGAUGCCACCCAAUAUGACAGGGUUACCACCACCAAUGGGCUUUCCUCCUAUGUUACCAUUUUCUAUGCCGCCCCCGGGUUUUCCGUCGUUUAAACCGGAGUUGACUGCACCUGCCCCGGAUGUGGCGCCUCUAGCCAAUCAAAGCAGUCCAUGGUCCGAGCACAAGUCACCUGAUGGACGCAUAUAUUACUAUAAUUCUGUUACUAAACAAAGUCUUUGGGAAAAACCUGAUGAUCUGAAAACACCUGCAGAGAAACUGUUAUCUUCAUGUGUAUGGAAAGAGUACACAACAGAUGCUGGGAGGGUAUAUUAUCACAAUAUUGAAACAAAGGAGUCAAGCUGGGUUAUACCUCCAGAACUGCAGGAUAUUAAGGAUAAGAUAGCUGCUGAGGAGGCUGCACAAGCUGCCUUAAAUGCAGAUUUGCCGCCUGGGGAAGUGCCUUUGCCCGGCUCCCCGGCUGUAAGCAAUGGCACAGCCCCUGGCACUGGAAGCUCUGCAUUGGACGAGGCAAUGGCUAAGACCCUUGCUGCCAUUGAUACAAACCUAACAAAUUCUAUACCAAUACCUGAAGAAAUCAAACCAGAAGAAAUAGUAGCUCCACCACAGUCAUCAUCAUCAGAUGCCGCAGAACAACCUGAACUGCAGUACAAGGAUAAGAAGGAAGCUGUUGAGGCAUUCAAGGAGUUGCUCCGAGAUAGAAAUGUACCUUCAAAUGCUACCUGGGAGCAGUGUGUUAAGAUUAUAUCUAAAGAUGCACGGUAUGCUGCCUUUAAAAAGCUCAAUGAGAAAAAGCAAGCAUUCAAUGCAUACAAAACACAGAAAUUGAAAGAUGAAAGGGAAGAACAGAGGUUGAAAACAAAGAAGAAUCGUGAAAAUCUUGAAGAGUUCUUAUUGAAUUGCGAUCGAGUUACAUCGCUCACGAAAUAUUACAAGUGCGAGGAAAUGUUCAGCAACUUAGAGUUGUGGCGGUGUGUUCCCGAGUCGGACCGCAGGGAUAUAUUCGAAGACUGUAUAUUUACAAUCACGAAACGCGAGAAAGAAGAAGCCAAGGCGCUUAAGAAACGAAAUAUGAAGAUGUUGGCUCAAGUUUUGGAAAACAUGAGUGAGAUCACAUACAGUAGCACAUGGAGUGAAGCUCAAGUGUUGUUAUUAGAAAACUCUGCAUUUAAAAAUGACGUCAGUCUGCUGGGCAUGGACAAAGAAGAUGCACUUAUUGUUUUUGAACAACACAUCAGAAAUUUGGAAGCGGAAUAUCUACAAGAGAAAGAACAAAUCAAGAAACGAAAUAAGCGUCAACAACGGAAAAACAGGGACAACUUUUUGGCUUUGUUAGACAGUCUUCACGAGGAGGGCAAGUUGACGUCCAUGUCAUUGUGGGUGGAAUUGUAUCCCGUAAUUUCGGCAGAUAUGCGAUUUUCAGCUAUGUUGGGUCAAAGUGGAUCUACACCCUUAGAUCUGUUCAAAUUCUACGUAGAGAAUCUAAAGGCGCGCUUCCACGAUGAGAAGAAAGUAAUUAAAGAGAUUCUCAAAGAGAAAGAGUUUGAAGUUAAACCUGAGACCAGCUUUGAGGAAUUUGCUACAGUUGUAUGCGAGGACAGCAAGUCUGCUUCAUUAGAUGCUGGCAAUGUCAAGCUUACAUACAAUUCCUUGCUCGAAAAGGCUGAAGCGAAGAAUAAAGAGAAAUUGAAGGAAGAAUCCAAGGCUCAGAAGAAGAUCGAGAGCUCGUUUAAGUGGGCACUGACAGAAGCAAAUAUCGAUCACCAACUGCCUUGGGAGGAGGUGAAGGAGAAACUUGACCUGAACGCGCCCGAGUUCACCGCCGUGCCUGACGAAGAAGAACGUAUCAGGAUAUAUAAGGACUUCCAACAUGAACAGGAGGAGAGUUGCAUGCACUAUCACCACCCCAAGCCGCGGAAGGCCAAGCGCUCCAAAAAGAAGAAACGAUCGCAUUCCGCUUCUGUCUCUAAAUCACGAUCAAGAUCCGGAUCGCCCGUGGCGGCGCGUUCCCCGUCGCCAAUGCCCAGCCACGGUUCGUGGAGCUCUGAAGAGGGCCGCAAACCAAAGAAAUCUAAGAAGAAGCAUCGCAAACAUUCCCCUACGCUGAAAUCUCCGACUCCUGAGGAGGGUGGAAUAUCAGAUGAAGAGCCGACGCGACACAAAAGCAAGAAAUCGAAGCGUAGCGCUCCCGUUAGCCCCGAGGGUGAACAUGAGCAUGCACACAAGCCCAAGAAGAAGAAGGAAAAGAAAGAGAAGAAGGACAGAUCAAGCACGUCGGGCGCGUGGAGCGACGCGGAGCUGGAGUCGCGGCGCGCGGCGCUGCUGGCGCAGCUGCACGAGCAGGAGGACUGACGUCGCGUCACGCACAUCCACAUCUUCAACGACUACCCGCGCGAGCGGCCCGCCGAGCCCGCCUCCUCCGCGUCCCCCAUCUUGCCGUCGCCGUCGCCCACCUACGCCGACCUCCAGGCCCUCUCUCGUCCGGCUAGUCCUGAUACUUCGAUUGGAUCAGACGAAUCACAACACGACGUGUCAGUUGAGAAUGGCACCACUAUUAGAAUAUGCCACCAUCCAUGACGUCGUAAAACCACACAUGCUGCUAUAAAACAUUGAUCGGCGUAACGUGUUACUUUGGUUGGAUCGUAUUAUUGGUUGCAGACUUCGUAUUUUUCAUGUGUUUUAUAGACAAUGGACAGCAAAGACUUAAGUUUGUGUAUGCAGUACUUACUCGUUCAUAUUUGCAAUAAUUGUGUGUUUAUUUAUAAAUGUGUAGAUAUAAAUAACAAGUCUCAGUGUUUUUUCAUAAUAUAAAAACAUACAGUAUGGAUAAGAAUAUUGCAUUAUCAGGAUUUUUGUUAAUGUUAGCAAAUUAGUAUACAACAAUGUGUAUCACUCAUCAAUAAAUAAAAAAUUCAAUACUUA